AUGCCUGCUUUCUGUCUGCCUGUGUCUGCUUUUCUACUGGGUCAUCGCUGGCGAAUCGUUUCGCAGGUGUUUUCCGGCGAUCCGCCCCCAACCACGGGACUAGGAAAAGGUAGCACACAGCACCGCAGGCCGCGUAGAUCCUUCCCGUGCAUGGCACCUGUUGCUGCACCCCUUCAGUCGUUUGGUAUGUAUGAAGAGAGCCAAGAAAGAGAACAUGAGAGCGGAUUCCCCCUGUGGUUUUUCGAGAGACGUUUGUUCCUUCUCGCUUUCUACCCCGCGUUCCUUCACGUGCUGUCUCAGUUCAGGGACCCAAUUGCACAAUGCGCUGUCUGCGAAAAGCUUACGAGCGGGGCCGCUGUCCGGGGCCGCGCGCAGUAUUUCUGCUUGGCCGAACCGCCUGAGAAUGGCACAGUCCGUGUUUCUACCUCGGCGUUAGCUGUUUCUCUGUUGGUUCUUUGAGUCCACCGUCAAGCGCGUUAGAUAAAGUGUCGGCGGAGAAAGGUCUGUGCCCGCGACAAUGUUCGGUGUUCUUAUCUUCACAAUCGGUUCUUUCCGCAGUUUCUGCAGUACGCAGAAUCGAGGUUUCUACGCGACCUUGCAUGGUCGAUAGAGACACCGCCCAGGCAGCGAACUAACCGGCGCCAAGGCUUUUGCGGCCGUGAAUUUUCUUUGCUCAGGCGUUUCCCCUGCGACCCUCUACACGAAGGAAUUUCUUUCGCUAUGUGCCCCUGGUGACAGCCGAAGUCGCGUAACUCGGAGUUUUGUUGCUUGCCAGAGUCGCCGAGUCCGCUCUGUGCGUGUAGUGUGAGCAUUGCGACUGUUCGGCGCGGCGCAAGAGUCCGUUACGCCGCCUGCUCCUCUUCUUUUCUUUUCAGAUUCGGACGGCCUCAACACGGAUCGUGCGCUUUCUUUCUCAAAUCCCGCCUUUCUGCCAGGUCCCUUCUGUUCAGGACCUCCCGUCCCCCCGGUCUGUGCCCCGCUGAACGCCUGGGCCGCUUCGCUCGUCACAGGAUUGGGCAUGUGCUGCAGGGGCGCUCGACGCACAUUCAGUCG